UUGGGUCUUCCAUUUACCCAGAGCGCAGUGGAGCUGAGGCUCAACUGGGGCUGGGGGAGGGGAGGCAGGCGGGGUUCGGGGUUCGCUCCUCCCACCUCUCAUGACGGGAGUCUACCCCGCCCCCCUCGCCACCCUAUAUAAGUCUUUGCCCUGCCCCUCGAGAGCCAAACCCAAAGAACUCUCGCAUUUUCCGUUGCCGUGGAGUAUCCUCCCGUGAUCUCCUUUACAAAUGGGCUCUGUGGCCUAGCGCCCCGUUCUCCCGAGCCAAGUCACCAGUGAUCGUCCGCCGCAGCCCACUGCUUGACAGGGGCUGCUCGGGAGCCGCCACUAAGAUAUACAUCAUCACAAGAAGAACAAGCAACAUGGCAGCAAUCCCGUCCAGCGGUUCACUUGUAGCAACCCAUGACUACUACCGAAGGCGUCUGGGUUCCACUUCCAGCAACAGCUCCUGUGGAAGUGCUGAGUACUCUGGGGAAGUGAUCCCCCACCAUCCUGGUCUUCCCAAAUCAGACCCAGGCCACUGGUGGGCAAGCUUCUUCUUCGGGAAGUCAAGUCAUCCAUUCAUGACAACUGUAUUGGAAUCCCCAGAGAACUCAGGAACUUUCCAGGUUGCUCAUGGCACGAUCACCUGUGACCUGGCUCAGGAAGCCAUGAGGAAGCGGCAUGUCAGCGAGCCCAGCAAAACCACCACCGGGCCUUCUGCAUGAGCAGCAGCACCUUCCUGCUGCUCCCCACCGCUUCUGAAGUGCGCUAGGCAUCAGAGCCCAUUUCCCCUCCCCUCCCUUUCCCUUCCCUUCCCUUCCCUUCCCUUCCCUUCCCUUCCCUUUUCCUCUCCCACCUUUUCCUUUAGAUUAGAUUGGCUGCUUAAGCAUAGAAGUAGUUGUGCUGUGUGUGUGUGUUUUUUAAAGAAAACAAAAGCAAAACACCAAAAAACAAAAGCAACCACACUUGUUACUUUUUUUUUUUUACUAUCCAAAUCACCUAUGUGCUUUCCAGCAGCCUCAGUAACUUUGUUUACUUUGUUACUCAACAGAAACUAAUAAACUCUGAGCAGCCUUUUAA